CCAGCACUCCCUUCCCAGAAGCUUGGCAGAAGCACCCUUUGGGUCAGUGGCAGAGACGGCAGCCCGCAUCCCACCGGCCUUCUCCUGCCCUGGAAGAUGGUGAAGUACGGCCUCAACUACACACGGUGCCGAUGGAUCCUACCCCUGCUCCUGGGCAUAGGAGUCAUAUUUGGUAUCAUUGCACUGGCAGGCAGGGGCUGGCUGGAGUCUCAGACCUUGCCCUACGUGCACCAAGCAUCGCUAUGGGAAAGCUGCAGGAGGCUUGAGCAGGGUGGGGACUGGAGCUGCGAGUCCCUGAUGGGUUAUGCUUGGGGAAGAGCUGCUGCUGCCACAUACUUGGUUGGCUUUUUACUUCUAGUCAUCUGUUUUGCUCUGGCCAUCAUAGCAUUUGCCAUUGACACACUCCGGUUCAACUUCAUACGAGGGAUUGGAGGCUUGCUGUUUGUUGCUGCUGUGUUCUCCAUCAUGGGCCUGGUGAUUUAUCCAGUAAAGUUCUCAAGUGAAAUUGAAAUGACAGGAAUCAAUAUGUUCAGCUGGGCCUAUGGAUUUGGCUGGACCACUGCCAUUAUGGAAAUAUGCUUGGGAUUCUUCUUCUGCUGCCUUCCUAACUAUGAAGACCAGAUUUUGGGUAAUGUGAAGCCCACAUAUUUUUACUCUUCCCCAUAAGCACCAGGAAAAAAUGCAUUCAUAUUUCAGAUACAUAUGACAGACCAGUGACAUUUUCCAGGAUAUUGUUAUUGGAUGUUAGUAGACAAGGCUGGAAACUUUUCAAAUGUAUGUAGAAAAACGGUACUGACAUUCUGCAAUAAAGUUAUCU